GAGAAUACAGGGAGACCAGUGGUUUAUUGACACUGGUGAAUGGUUUGUCAUUUGAAACCUUCCAUCAUAGAGCACUUGCUAUGAUAUACCUACAUGGAGAGGGGGUAUUUACAGUGCAGUGAAGAAUUAGAAUAGCAGAACAUGUAUCUAGAGGGAAGUAGAGGGAACAAGAAAGAACGUGUUUUGACAUGUUGAAAAAAGAAAAAGAAAGAUUAGUAGCUAUACAGGAAGUAGGAAGUCAGAUAGAGAAAGGUUUUAGUGUGACAGACAGACUGGAAAUCUACAGCAAAACCCUUCAUGGAUGUGUGUGUGCUGUGUAUAUAUGUGAGUGUGUGUGUGUGUGUAUGUGUGUGUGUGUUGUGAAGUGAGAUACUGACCUUUUCUAUGAAGGAGGAAUAAUGUCUCUCAAGCUACCUCGGAACUGGGACUUCAGCGCCCUCAAAGCUGACACAGCUAGAAUAGCACGGUCUAAGAGUGUGAUGCCUGGAGAGGGCGGCCCAGGGUUAGGCUCGCCCGGCUCCACCAGGAGGGCCAUGGAGAAGCCGCUGAAGGCUGGCUGGCUGAAGAAACAGAGGUCCAUCGUAAAGAACUGGCAGCUGCGCUACUUUGUGCUGAGAGGAAGCACACUGACCUACCAUAAAGACGAAAAGGAGGGGACUGUCCAGGGAGUGAUCCAGCUGAGGUUCAGUAAAGUCAAUGAGCUCCCACUGAACCAAGAUGACCCUGGGAAAUUCUUUUUUGAGAUUAUACCACGCAACAGUGGUGAUCGGGAGCGGUACCCGUACGUCCUCAUGGCCAACUCCCACAUUGAGAUGGAGGGGUGGGUCCGCACGCUCCGCAGGGUGGUUGGAGUGCCCUCUAGUGGAGCGAUAUUUGGCAAGAGCCUGUGUGAUACGGUGACCUACGAGCAGCGGUUUGGCCCCCACAUGGUGCCCAUCCUGGUGCAGAAGUGUGCAGAGUUCAUCAGAGAACACGGACUAAAUGAGGAAGGCAUCUUCAGACUACCGGGACAAGACAACAUCGUCAAACAGUUUAGGGAUGCGUUCAACGCUGGAGAGAGACCUUCCUUCCCAAUUGACACAGAUGUCCACACAGUGGGGUCGUUGUUCAAGCUGUACCUGCGGGAGCUGCCUGAGCCGGUGGUUCCUUGGACACAGUACCAAGACUUCCUGGACUGCAGCCCCAUGCUGGACCCCAACAGUGCUGCAGGUCGUGAGAGACUGGAGAAGCAGAUCAGCCUACUUCCUAGAACCAACUACAACCUCCUCAGCUACAUAUGCAGGUUCUUAUUUGAAGUGCAGCAGAACUCCAAGGUGAACAAGAUGAGUGUUGAAAACCUGGCCACGGUCAUUGGGAUCAACCUGCUCAAGUCCCAGAUUGAGGACCCCAUCACUAUGAUGAAGGGUACUCCUCAGAUCCAGAAGCUGAUGACAGUGAUGAUCAGACAGCAUGAGGCUUUGUUUCCUCCGUCUAAAGACGUGGCUCCUUCACCCCCCAUCAAGAAGAGUGACAGCAAGAAGAACAGCGCUCCACGCAGCUUUGUGGGCUGGGAGUCUGCUGAGUGUGAGGGGUCUCUGUCAGAGUCUCCAGAGGAGGAGGAGGACACAGACAAUCUGGGGGCAGAGCCAGUGACCAUCUCCAUCCCCCAGGCAGGGCCCCAGCAGCCCCACUCACUCUCUUCAUCCUCAGCCAUAGACCACUGGUCCGGGAGCCCCCGCAAACGCACCCAGACCCUGCCCACCCUGAACUGCCCAGUCCCGGGGAUGGCCGGCAAGCUGGAGGCCAUGAACUGCUGGAGCCACAUCAAUGAGUGUAGCGAGGAGAAAGGGGAGAAGGAAGAGAAGACUCUCUCAGAGGACAUCUUUAAGAUCCUGGACCUACAGAGGACCUCUUUGUUCGGAGAGGCCCAGAAGAAGGACUGGGAGGACAGAGAGACGGCCAGGAGAGGAAGUGACAUCACAGUCACCUAUGAUGACAUCACAGCCACCUCUUCCAAACCCAGCAGUGACCCCAAGCAGAAGUCUCAGUCAGCGACCCCUGAGAAGAAGACAGAGGCCGGUAUAGCUGUGGUUUCAUCUUCAGCCCUUCAACCAGACAGUAAGGUUGAACAGCAGGAGGACAGCCGGGGAGACUCAGAGCACCUCGUUACCAGCCUUCAGCAGAGGAACAGAGAGCUGAGUGCCACAGUAGCGGAGCUGCAGUCAGCCCUGGAUGAAGAGAAGCGCUCUGUGUCUGCUCUGGAGAUUCGGCUGAGGAACGCAGAAUACAGCCGAGACAAGGCCCAGAGACGCAACCAGGAGCUGGACCAGGAGAUACAGCAGUUCCUCACCAGAGAACCACGAAGGCCAACUUAGAACCACGAGGGGGCCAACCUAGAUCCAGUAGUUCCUCACCAGAGAACCAUGAGGGCCAACCUAGAACCUAGAACUGCCUUAAGUUAUCAAAAAGAUCCCUCAAUACAGUAUAUGGAUAUUGAACAUAGAGAUCUCUGAACAAGGGAACUGUAACAUAACGCAGAGAUCCCUCAAUAUAGAGAUCUCUAACAUAGAGAAAAGAUCCCAUCACAAUGGACAUCACAGCCUCAUGCAGAUAUGUGUCUAUAUGACAUCUGUUGUCCUACCAGAGAGGUAGAACAGGAACAGUCAGUGUCUUGGCCAGAGCUGUAACCCUGGCUGGGAGCUGGAACAUGUUGCUAGCUUAUCAGUUUGUUUGGUGGGAAAACCCAUGGGUAAACUCUUUAGCUAAAUCAGCUGUUGACUACACGUCACAUUCAUAGACAUAAAAUGAGGAAUGCUGCAACUGUAUGCGAAUGGCCUUUGCUUGGUGUAGCUGAUUAUGGAUGUGAUGUGUGUAUUCUCCUAUAAAAUGCUGAUAGUUGCCGACCAUGCAGGGGCCAUUACAUUUAUAUUGUUAUAGAACUUACAGUAUGUAAAUGCAAUAGCUAUUGGUGCAUAGUGUCCAGGUUAAGAGAAUGUCUAGGACGCUUGGACUAUAAUGGACUGUAUUAGUAUUUUGGUGGGGAUUCAUAGCGCAGCACGCUGGACAGCCAACAAUACGGAUUUUAAAGGCAUUUUCCCGACGUUCGCGGAGAUCGCAUCCAUGGUAAAACGCUGCGCAUGUCGGCUCAAUUGUUAAUGUUCGAAUCAUGUUAUAUUUGUUUGAUCCAAAAAUGAAUAAAGAAGAACAGAUUAAGUCAACUGACCAACAA